GGGGGGGGCUCGAGGAGGAAGAAAACCAUAGAGACGAAGAGGAGGUGGCGGCUGGAGCGCCCCCGGGCUCUCUCGGCUCGGUAGGCUCAGGUAGCUUUGGCGGCGACGGGGCUGCGGCUGCAAAGGCCGAGCUGGCGGGGCGAGCGCGGGCCGCGGAGCAGGCCUCGGGAAGAGGCCCCUUCUCCGAAUGCCCUCAUGGAGGCAUUGGCUACAGUGUCCGAAUCUUGGAAAAGAAAGCCCCUUUCUCAAGGUGAAAGGAGUGUUGUGAACUUCUGAGGGCCUGAUCGAUUUUGGUGAACCAUUUGAUGUAAAAGACUUGACUCCAUAAUCUUCCAUCUGCCCUAAUGCUGUCAUCCGGAGUAGAGACUCAGCCAGUUCCACUUGAUUCCUCCAUGUCUGCCGUGGUACAGGAAUUAUACUCUGAACUCCCUGUGAGUGUCUCCAAAGAGCUUCAUGCUGACCCUGAGCCAAGUGUGAUUCCAGAUGUAAAACCUGGAGCCUCAAGCUCUCUUAUAAGUCAGAGUAGGGCAGUGCCCUUGGAGCUGCAGAGGACUCGUGCGGAAAGUUGUUGUGAAGAAACUUCUGGCGCCUUGGAUCAUGGGGGUGAGCCUGGGCGGUGUGGGCUGGUGGACUCCACAGCAGGAGGUUCUGUGGCUUCUGGGAUCUUGGAUAGGGAAGAGAAAACCAAGAGCAUGGAGCUAAAGGUCUUCAGAGAUCAAGGGGACCAGGCGGAAAUUUUAAGAGACCCCUGUGAGGGAGCAAAGGAAGACCCACAUCAACAUUCCACAGCUACUGAAGAAAAGAUCAGCCCAAGUCAGGAAGACCUCCUGAUGCAGUCAAGCAAAGAACGUUUAUGCACGGGCUUCCCUGAAGACUGUCUGAGGAGCAAAGGAAAUGUACAAAUUACAACUGGAACUCUGCUAAAAUCUGAAGAAGUACAAGGUAUGAAGGUCAAUGGGACUAAGACGGAUUAUAAUGAAGGACACAAGAAUGGCAAUGUGAGUAAAGGUCUCUCAGCUGGGUGCAGCGAAUACCCAGAAAUAGACAAAAUCAUGACCAGUGGUGAGGUUUCAGAAACCAGCACAUUAGUUUCCCUAGAGUCUUUAACCUUUGUGGACCCUGGAUUAACAGAAGCAACUUCUAAAGAAAAAGAAUGUGAAGAAUUAAAAACUUGUCCUUCUUGGUUGUCAUUGUUACCAGGGAGCAGUGCCAUUUCCAAAGUGAACAAUGGGAAGGAAGAGGUGUGUAAUUUAAACCUUGUCUGUGAAGCAGAUGACAAUCACCAACAGAUUCUCAGCCACCAUAAUGAAAAACACAGUUCUGCCCAUGGCAGUCCCAAAGCCACGAGAAAUGUAGUUGUUGUAGAACCCUUAGAAGAAAACUCUGGCAUUUCAUAUUUCUCAAGUUUGUCUGGUCCAGAAUCCAGGACACCAUCCUUAGAAACAAGUGGUUUUGAAGGUGAUGGCUUGCCAAAGGGAUCUGCUGAAAAGACAGACAAUUCCUGUUUUGAUGGAGAUGGUCAAAGCAAGAACGUGGCUACUAGAAAAGAAAAUGAACAGUUUUUGAACCCCAGGAGUGAAAGAGGGGAACUCUUUCUUGUUAAUGCCAGGCAACCAGAAGAGGAUGCUAGUGGUCAUUGUCCUGGUGAAAAAGAGACUAUUGCCGCCCCCAAAGAGAAUAUCCAUGGUAACUCUUGUGUUCAAGGCAGUAUCCAUACAGACAGCCCUAGUUCUUCAGUGCCCGGUUCUUUCACUGAAGCCACAGAAGUAAUGUUAAAAAAAAAUUAUCUGAAAAUCACUUUAGACAUUCAAGGUAGCUUGACAAACCAUGAGGACCAUAGAGAAACUUCUACUGAUAUGAGCCAUUCAGGCAGACACUCUGAAGAGAGCAGUUUUUCCUCCUUAAUGCAGAUUGAAGAGCCAGAACAGACAACCACUAUAGAGGCCAAUAUGGUAACUGAAAAGAUUUACAGUAAAGACUCUAACUCAUUCCGCUCCCAGAGAAAUCUGGAAGACAACACCCAGUUAAGUGAAGCAUCAUAUAAUGAAUUUCUGAUUGAAAGAAAAUCCCUUGUGAGUUUAAAGCGUGAGGACCACAUAAGUCUUAUGAAUGAGAUAUCAAAACCCAAGAAAGAUAUUGCUCAGUUACCACCAUCCCUAGAAUUUGAUUACAAACCUGAGUCAGAACAAGCUAUACAGACCGCACAGGACAAUAGUUCACAUUUAGAUGAACAGAACAUAGCCUGUGAGAUGAAUAAACUUCCUUGUACCAAUGAACUGGUUUUAAACAAAAUAGAAAGUGAAUGUGUUUUAAAUCAAGUGCCCCUUAAUUCUCAAGACCACGCGAAGUUGCCAGCUAACAAAGAGAUGCCUUUAGCAACAAGCGAGGAUUCCCAACAGAGCCAUCACCCUCCAUUAGAGGAUGGAGCAGAUGUCAUUGCUCAUACCCAAACCGUUCCCAUGAAGACAAAAAUGAAAGACAUCGCUCCAUCAGGUGACAAAUCCUGUGGUGCCUCUUCAAACAACCCCACCUUAAACAUCAAACCAGGAAGCCUAGAAAGAAAAAACGAACUGGCUGAUUCUGGAAUAGUCGAUCUACCUUCCAGACUUCUCUCAAGCAAGAAAGAAGCAGCAGGCUUGCCUCAAGAGGUCUCUGUUAUGGAAUGUCAAAGUGUUCAAUCUCAGGAUCUCUCUAGCUGUCAUUGUGUAAAUAAAAAUGCGCAAGAAAAGAGCGUGUGUUCUGCUUAUGCUGCUUUUGAGUCCAGCAGAAUCAUCCCAAAAGUUGAAAACUCUUUGAUGACCAAGUGUGAAGAUGCAUUUCAGCACAGCAAUCACCACUCCCAAGGAAGAGAAGGCUUCACAGAAAGUAGCACGCAUAAAGUGAGUUACACAUCAGAGGGAAGUGAACUUGCUGGGGAAGAAACUAAAGGCAGCCUCCCGGGAGAUAAGAUGCGAAAUGAAAUGACAGGAAGCAUAUUAAAUAGUGAAGCUUCAGACAAGACCAUUCCCACCACCAGUCACACCCAGCCCAGCGAGGAAUGGUUGGAAGGAAAGGAACAGGAUGUACCUAAAGAGACUGUGUUUUGCAAGUAUAACAUCUCUGACUGUGCCACAUCAGAACUAAACUUAUCUGCAAACAUUCCAAGCCCUGAAAAAUUGUUGGACCAGUCUCUAACUGUUAUGCUUUCCAGUUUCAAAAGCAUAAGCCAAGCAGUUGAAACUCUUGAUCAGAAAACAGAUAAAGUCCUUGACUGCCAGAGUAACCAAAAUAGACCAGAUGAAGGCAGAAAUGAAGAUAAACCAGCUAAGGAGACACUAGAUGGUGACAAGAGAGAGACUGUCACAGAACCUAACAGAGAGGUAAGCCACAACCAAAAGGAUCUGCUAGUUAGUUCAGCCAGUAACAACCCAUUGUCCAGUGGUAGUUCAAAGAAAGGCGAUUUGAAAGGAGACUCUGAACAUAUUUCUGGUUGUGAGGAGUCCACAGAUGGCAUGGUAGACAUCAUCUACACGAACUGCAGUAAUAAAUCUACAGAAGGCAUGUUAGACUUAAGAGCAUCUAGUACCCUUGACGGUGGUGCAGGGCAAGAUGGACUGACAUUACAGGAAACCUCAGUGAGUACUCUUUCUCAGAGAAGAGAACUGAGUGCUGCAUUUAUCGGAAUGAUUGGCCAGGACUCAGAUUUCCCAGAUGCUACUUCCUCUACAGGGGAGCCUCUGGAAAUUAAAAAAUCAUGUGAAGAGAAAGUAUGCAGAUCAUUAAAAGAUUGUGAAAUGGAAAUGUGUCCAGACUCUUGUGCCCAUGAGCUAGAGUCUACUGCAGAUCAUGAACCAAAUAUAAGAACAUUGGGUAGAGUAAAUGUGUCCUUAGAUUAUAGUCAUCAUGAACAGCAAGUUAAAGAAGCAUCCCUUAGAGAAACAAAAGGAAUGAUCAAAGGAUCAAGACUGGAAAUAAUUUCUGAGUUUGACAAGGACAAUACCUUUGGAAGUUCCUCAAAAGAGUUGCUGUCUUCUGGAUGCCCAGAUGAGAACCCUGUUCCUGUAGGGAGCCUGAAAUCCAUUGAGAUAAUGCCUUCGUAUCUGUCUUCUCACAAAAAUUCAGAAAGUAAUGUUAAUAGUGAAGAAACUGACCUGAAAAAUCUUUUUAAACCAAAAGAUGGUGAAAUGCUUUGUGAAAACGUGGAGCACCACACAGUCCUGCUUGAGAAGAAGGAAGGAGAACCAGGGGAUGGGAGUAAUUCUGGUAAAGGAGUCAGAAUAGACAUUGGUAUGCAAAAUUUGCCUUUGACAAUGGAAACAGAAACUAAGUUGAGAGGAGAAAAAACUGAAGAACAUCAGAGGGGACCCAUGGGUCACGUAACUGUCAGGGAAGAGUCUGAGGAGAUGAUUACCAGAGAGGCUGGUCAUGGUGAUAAAGGAAGAGAGAUUUUUCAGUCCCAUUCUAAAUCCCAGAGGAUGCUUGCUGAUCUUGAAGAGCAACAAAGGCAGAGGGCUUUGGACUACAUGUUGCAGAAUGAAGAGGAAUAUAUCCAUCAAAAAGAAGCAUACACGAUAUUGGAACAAUGUACAUCAUCUGACAUUUUACCGGAUGAGCUGAAAGAUAAGAACCAAGCUAAGUAUUGCAAAGGUGAGUCCACCAUGAAGAAGAAAAUCACCCUAGCACAGCUGGCCACGGGCGGCAGUGCUGCACAGUUCCGAAAGUUGGAGGAUCCAAAGGAGGAAAGCUUGUGUCAUCCAUUAAAAAGGGCCAUGGAGUUGUACACAGGCCCUUGCCUUCGUGUUGCCCCUCAGAAAGCACAAGACCCCAACUCUGCUGGGUGUGAUGAAAUACACGGUGCCUUUGGGAACACUUCACACCAGAAAAGAGUGCUUCCCUUAAAGAAGCAGCCCCAUCGAACAUGUAAGAAAGUUUCCUGUCAGGAGCAACUCAAGAUGGGGAAAAAAAUAAGUAAAAUCAGAAGUUCUGCCUUUUUAAAGAGUUCCUCUGAAACCAUCCCCACAAAAGCACACCGAUUUCUCAGUUCGUGUGCUGUGCCUGCACCCGCACAAUCGGAACCCGGAACAGAACCAGCCAGGAGCUUAAUGAGCCACAUACCAAAGCAGAAGGUGACUCCGUGCCAUCCCUUGAGGAGCCUGAAUGUUAGGAAGCCUACCAAAGAAUCAGCCUUACUCAGCAAGCUGUCCAUUCUCGCCUCCAAACUGGUCCCAGCCACAAAGACCCAGAAACUAAGAUACCGGCGUUGUUCCUCAGAACUUCUUCCAGUGGCUAAAAGCUACAAGCGGCUCAGAUACAAAAGGCUUCUGGAUGGCUUUUCAUACAAUACAAUGCAGCUAAAUCCAUAUUUGGCAGCUAGUGGAUGGGAUAAGACACCCAACAGUAAGCCCUUGGCACUUUAUUCGCUAGAAGCCAUCAAAAUGAGCUUCAUAGAUUUGAGCAACAAGGUGCCAUCACUGCUGUUUGGUUCCGAAAUUUUCCCGGUAUCUUUUCACAUGAAAUCGGGCUCUGAGUGCAUGACCGAGUCCCCAAGGACUUUUCCUGAGCACUGUGCUCCAGCCAGGCUCACCUUAGGAGAGGCCCCCAGGUGCCUGUCUCAACCUCCCAAGUGGACCUUUUCUUUCUUCUUGUCCCACAGUUGUCCUGGGAUGGCCACAUUCAGGGAAGACACUGGCCUCCAUGGUCAGGCAUGUGCCCAGGCUCCUUCACAGUCUCCAGGUCCUCUCCAAGACUAUGGAGGCACUGCCAUAGUCCAGACCAGAGCAGGCUGCUCUGUUCUUGGCCUUCACACACUUCUAGCACUUUGUUCUCCUGGAUGUUACCGAAUCUGGACAAAAAAACGGAGCUUCUCUAGUCACAUGCCUACCAUGCAGAGGCUCUUCAUGACCCAGUUUACACAGGGCUUAAAAGGGUUAAGAUCUCCAGCCUCCAUAGCAGACAAGGUCUUCUGUUCUCUUCCCUACUCGGUGGGCCGAGUGCUAUCCAUUUGGAGCCAGCAUGGGCCUUCUGCCUGCCCCUUCGAAAUCUCUACUCUUCAUUCCACUCACAGCAAGCGGCAGCCAACUCUGAGCACCACGAGCAGCCACACCAUGUUACCGUAUGUGCCUCUUCCAGGCAUGGAAGCUACUUAUAAUACCAGUGGCAGUCAGAUGAGACUAGAGCCUCCAUUCCCUGCCUUGGUACCAAAGUCUUGCUUGGUAACAGACUCAGCUGUCAGCAAGCUCUUGCUUUCAGCCUCCGAGUUCCAAGUCCCUGAAUUUGAUGAGCUGGAUACUGUGGCAGCGGCAUGCCCCCAUCCACAGAGCAGCCCUCCAGAACAGAAAGAGGCUGAGCCAGAGAAGAGGCCAAAGAAAGUCUCACAGAUUCGUAUCCGGAAAACCAUUCCUAAGCCAGACCCUAAUCUUACCCCCAUGGGCCUUCCUCGACCCAAAAGGUGGUGUUUGGAGACCAUCUUUGAGGAACCCAAGGAACGAAAUGGUACGCUAAUCUCAAUCAGCCAACAGAAGAGAAAACGAGUUCUAGAAUUUCAGGAUUUUACCGUCCCACGAAAGAGGAGAGCUCGUGGUAAGGUCAAGGUGGCAGGCAGCUUUACCAGGGCCCAGAAGGCAGCUCUGCAGAGUCGAGAGCUGGAUGCUCUGUUGAUAAAGAAACUAAUGGAAUUGGAGACCUUUUUUGCCAAGGAAGAGGAGGAGCAGGAGUGACCAUCUGGUUGUUGAGAAGCAAUUCGGUUUGGGGGUCUCGAUUUUAGAUUUUCCAGGCUCCUUGGAAGAGGUUGCCUAAUUUUGCCCUAUCGCCCAAACCAGUCAGAAUGCAGUCCAUGGAUUUUUACCUAUUUUGAGGUGCAACCUUUUUAGGAAAUGGUGAAGGAGGGUCCUCUGCUUCUACUGCUGAGUACUGAACCUCAGGAAUGCUCCCUUUCUCCUGGAAAUGGUCCUGAAUGACAUCUGGCCUCCUCCCCUCACUCACCAUCCUCAGGAGGAGGACACCGCACACGUUCAGUAACACUAGGAUUCCAAGGACUCACAGCAUUUGCACGUCUGUGUGAAAGUUCUGCGUUGUUUACGGUGGUGCUAGACCAAGAUUAUUUAGAGACGUGGCCUAGGGAGGGGGACCUGGCGUCCUGUCCUGUGUGGUCUCACCGGCUCAUUUCAGUAGUUGAGGAAAGAUGAGCUGUUGUGUUUCCUAAUCCUUUGAGUCCGUCUGCCCAGAACUGUGUGUGUGUGUGUGUGUGUGUGUGUGUGUGGCUUCUUCCCAUGAUUUUCUCCCCUCUGUGACUGUGGGUCACUAGUGCCAGAGGAGCCCGUCCAGGCCCCAUUCGAAGUAAGUUGCACUUUUUAAUGUUGUGGUGUUGAUUAUUUUCAUUUGUUUUAUUUCCUUUUUUUUUUUUUUUGUAUUAUUGCUGCAUGUUUGGAGCCUUUAAAUGUGAUUUUAAAACAAAUUUUUUAAGACAUCAAGGAGAAAGACAAUACACGUCUUCAGAAUAUAUGACAGGCAUUUGACCCAGCAUAUCAGUGCAUAGUAUGGGACAAUGGAGAGACAUUUUCCCAACAUGUGUUUCAAGCAGCCCCUUCCCCAUGUCCACCUUCAGUGUAACCAUUAGAGGGAGUCCUUUUUCAUCUGGGUUCUCAUUCUUGCUCACUAAGUUGAUGUGUUUAUUUUAAUGAUGGAAGUAAGAGCAGGUUUUCCUCCCAACCAUUUAAAAAAUAUGAACGUUGGGUGUGGUCUUAAUGGGUUUUAUCUGAAGUGGUAGCAUAUAACAAAGUUGGGUACAACAGCUCAGGAGGCGGUGAUGAAGUCCAGCCCAGAGUGUUCGCAGCUGUCAGAGCAACUUGCUCCAAAAGUGGGGAGUGAGGACGUGGUUCAGGCCCAGUGAUGCAUCCUUGCAGUGGGAUCAUGAAAUUCCACCGCCAGCCCUCUCGGAGGACACCAUCUUAUUGGGGGGGCUCCUGUGUCAAAUUGGAAAUUUUCCUGGAAAUUUUGUGGAGUGCCAGAGUUAGCGGAGUUCCUUCAUCUGGGCCCGCGGGAGUCUGUGGGCAGAAGGAUGCUGUAUGGAUCAGCCAGGCCCAGAGGUGUCAUUCCUUUUCCACUUAACUCCUGUGUGCCCUUGCCCUGCUUCCCCCGACCUCCUUCCCUUGUGUUUUAUCUUUUUUUCUCUCUUGCUCUCAAAACAAAAGUUCAGAGAACUAACAUUCCUUGGCUGGUAAGUGAGAUGCUACACCCAGCCUCAGGACACUGGUCACCUCUUCCCAUUCUCCUAAGAGCCACUGCUGGGAAGCAUCCACCCAUGGAGACUGUCAGAACUCCAGAGAUAUUUUCAAAGCCAGUCUGUUAGGGAAGAGCAAGUGGUGCCGUCCUGGAGUGUGUCUCCUAGGGUUCCUUUGUCUCCCCAUUUGUGAGUGGGUGGGGAGAUGGGGCGGGGGUGGGGGUUCUCUAUGUGCCUUUCCUUUGCAGGUUGACAGUCUAUGCCGCACUGGAGCAGAAGAACUGACAUGAGCAAGAAAAAAAAUAAAAGUGCCACAUCUGUCUUCUAGGCCCACUGCCUCAGACAUAGCAUUUAGUAAGUGAAAUACAUACCUGGUGACCCAAGGAGGCUUCUAAGGUCAUGGCCAAAUAGCAUUAGAAGAGAGCCACACUUCCACACUGGCUCUGAAUGAUGUGAACUAGAUUCCGUCGUUCUACAUCCGCUUUGCCCAGACUGUGUAGACACGACCUGUGUUUCACCUCAGUACCUCUCCCUUCCUGGGACAGGGUCCUUAGACACUAAAUGCUUCUCUCUGUCUUUUUGCCUAAAGGAGUGGGAUUAGUAAUCCAUUGCACCCUCCAACAGAGAUUUUUAGGGAGUGUUGCUGGACAGCGUGCAAACUCCCAGCAACUCAACAGAGCCCUGUUUGCCAGCUCCGUUGCCAGUGUAGAUGAGUCAGCAGUGCGGCAGCCGUGUCAUCCGGCAGACUGAGGUUGAGUGGGCACAGCUGUGGCAUCACCACCGUUACAGAGACACAAUUUCAAGUUCGCCCUUUAUAGGCAUGGCACUUGGAAGAGCCAGGAGCAGUGAUGUGGAACGUUGGAGGCAUGGAGGAGGUGGAGGCCUGGGCUCUGUCCUUGUCCUGGCCAUGUGGGAGAGAAGCAGCUCUGAGGCGGCCCUGCCUAUCCUUGAAAUUCUUGGCCCGCCCCCUGACUAAGGGGCCUUCCCCUGCUCCCAAGUUAAGAAGGGGCCCCCAUUGCAGACUUGAAAUUGCUUGCCUGAAGUUGAUACAUCAAGUUCUAGCCGCGCUCAGCCACACCUGUCUUAGCAUCCAUUGUCGUCAUUGGCCUGGCCAGCUGCAACGCUCUGUGGUCCUCGGAGCCUGUGGAAGCUGCCCACUAUGGGAGGCGUUAGUCGGCCGCUGGCACCCCACCUGCCCAGAGCUACUGGAGGUCUGCUGCUGGGGGCUGGUACAGUUUCUGAGUAUGGGGACUUCCCACCCCAAGUGGUGGGAACUUACAAUUAACUAUAAUUUACUCAGCUAUAACUCAACUCCAGAGGUUUAGUGUUUUUAAUAUGGGAAAGAGAGGAGAAAUCUCAGGUCCAAUCAGGGUUCUGCCCAUCAGCUUUUCACUGAAACUUCAAAUGUGGGUUGUUGUUUUUUUAUCUUUCAGUUUAUAGCUAUAUUUGCCCCUCAUCUGCUCCCCACCCACUUUCCCCUUCUCUUUUGGUCACCUUUCCAGCUUUAUUUCUCCAUUAGUUUAAAUUUACCUCAUCACCUAUUCAAGCAAAUUAUGUCCACUUUUUCUUAGUGACCUUACUCUAAGAGCUACAGCUGAGGGAGGUACAGUGGAAAGACAUGUAGCGUUUGCCUUACUUGGAGCCUGAAGAGCUUAGAAACUCAUGCUGUGAAUCCCAAAACUCAGCGCUCCUUCAAGAGCUGUGAAAAUCAUGACACUUUGUCACAGUUUUGCCUGAAAGGGUCUUUUGCAUGGGCACCAGAGCCAACCUGAGGUAAAUUCCAGAUCCUACCCUCUGGGCAUGAUCCCUUCCCCCAGGGCUCACUCCCUGCCCACCAGACCGAGAGCAUGUAGAGGAUGCGGGACCGGGGCAGCAGAGCCAAGGCUUUGGUGCAGCCUAAUGGAACGCACAGCCAGCGCUCCGUCCCCAGGCUGGGAUUCCAUCUCAUAAUACCAUGUAUGGUAAGAUCCACGGAAGACCAACUUUUAGUCAGUGAUACUUUUCUCCCAUCACCUGAGGGAGGAGUAUGCAGUUGGUGCUUUCUUAAAUUCCCUUGUUUUGUUUUUUGUUUUGUUUCGGGAAGCUUUUCCCCUGGUAUCAUGGAAAGGACCUUUUAAACACCACGUUGUGGGUGGCUGUAUCCAAAGUCUAAAUAAUUGGCCAGAGGUAUGGAGUAGCCUUUCCUGGAUUCAUGCAAGGGAAGAGCUCCUUACCACAACUGCACUCAUUAAUGUAAACAGCUGGCUUCGGAGGAAGGCUUAGUUUUAUGAAAAUCAAAGUUUUAUAUUAUCUAACCACAAAUUGAGCAGCAAACGCUAAUUUGAUUAUAAAGUGAGGGUCCCCAUAUAGCCCGCCAUCUAGCACAGUAUAUACUCAGAUUUGAUGGCUUGUUCGUUGUGUGUCUUCAUGAGCCCCUCCCUGGUGCUGAAUUGGAUCUGAAUUCUUGGCGAGAGACCUCAGCAUCUCCUUGGGCAGGUCUGGGCCAGUAAAUAGCUGCCUGAAGUGUUUAUAUAUUAUCAUGGUCAAUAGUUCAGUGAAAUUUGUACAUUUUUGGUAACAUUGGCAUACAAGAUGCCCCUGCAUUUCCUUUUCUGUUUGGUAGUUUGUGACUCUAAAAUUCCCACUGUUAUGUGUGUUAAUUUAUGAAAAUAAAUUUUUUUUUUUGAAAACCUUUCAAA